AAUAUUUAAUGUUUUACUCUGUUAAAUGUAUUUUAACUGCAACGCGUGUUAUAUUCAAAUGCACUGUUUUGUCCUUACAUACCAAUAUAGGCAAAACCAGGUCUGGACAAGGUGGCCAGCAAAAACAGUAGCCAUCUAUCUGGCGCUGUCUAUCAAGCUAACGCUAACGCCUUUAAGGGUUUCCAGUUUCACGUUACUGUUGAUUUUGUCUUUAAAGGAACAGCUAACUAGGUUACGUGAAUCUGUUUAGCUUACGUGUUGUAUUGGGCUUUAUAACCUUUUGUUUUUGGCAGGAAUGGCAGACGAGUCUUUGUUUGACUUUCUCCAUAUGGAGAUCGUCUCACAUAUUUACAAGGAGCAGCAAUCCAGUAAAGGGGAGAUGGAUAACAAGGAUAGAGCUGUCUGUGUUUCUGUUCUCGAAAGUAUGGGCUUCAGGGUGGGACAGGGACUCAUUGAGAGGUUGACCAGGGACUCCCCCAGCUUCAAGGAUGAGUUGGAUGUAAUGAAGUUUGUCUGUAAGGAAUUCUGGACAAAGGUGUUCAGGAGGCAGGUUGACAACCUCAGAACAAACCAUCAGGGUACCUAUGUCCUGCAGGACAACAAGUUUUCUUUGCUAACUCAGCUCUCAAGCGGAAAACAGUACCUGGAUCAGGCUCCUAAGUACCUUGCCUUUUCGUGUGGUGUGGUGAGAGGAGCUCUUUCUAACCUUGGUAUGGACAGCGUGGUCACAGCCGAAGUCUCUGUUAUGCCAUCUUGUAAGUUCCAAGUGGUGGUCCAGAAGUUGUGACCUGAUCCUCUCUGCUACCCUGGAGCAGAUAAACAGGGCCCUGAAGGCUUCAGCAAUCCUUAAGAGAGGAUAGUAGUUCCUGUCCAACCACAGAGGGAAUCAAACAUCACCCUGAUUCCCACAACUAAGUCAAAGAGGACUAGGCAGGUUCUGCUACAUCUCUAGGUGCCGAUGAAAAGGCAUAAAGGAUUUUCCAGGGUUUACCUUUACUUGUCAUACUCUGACACAGAACACAAUUUGUUUUAUUCCUUGUGAGUUUUGAUUAUUUGAGUAUGGUUAACUGAAACAAUGUAUGGUUUUUCAAAUGUAGUUUUCACAAAUAAGUGGAGCCUGGCCCUACCUGACCCGGCCAAGCUUUGUAAUACAAUAUUGACUGUCACUGGUGUUAAUGCAAUAAUGUGAAUGUAUAGUAAAUGAAAAGGUCAUUUAAUAUUCUUUGUAAUUUGUUUCAAUUUUUAGACUUCAAUUUGAGAGGACAUACGAAGAAAUCAAAGGAAACCAUAAUUGAAAAUGUGUUUUUUUCUUUUGUUUUUUUAGGAUAGAAUAACUGCGAUAUCAUCUAUUUGAUUGCUAGCAUUCUUUUGAAAAUGAUUGCACCUCACAUCAAAUUCAUUAUUUAAUGCACAUAAUCUGUAACUAGUUCCUGGUGCUGUGCUCUGCCUUGUAGCAGAUUGCCUUUUGGGGGCUGGAACAUUCAUGAAUGCUAUUGUUUUUUUAAAUUUCAGUUCCUUUAAAGGUAAAAUGCAAAUCUAGAAUAAACCAUUGCUGCAGGAAUUUUCCUUUUUAGAAUUCCGUUUUGUAACUGGAUGUGAUAUUGGUUUCUCAGCAUCAGUUUUUCAGCAGUCUCUUCCUUUGUAGUGAGAUUACAUUUUGGGGUUUACAAAUUAUUCUGUUUUGUACCAAAAUGUUAACAUUUUUGUCUGUAAAGCUUAAUAUGUGUAGUAUGUAGUAAUGAGAUUUGCCUUGUUGCAAAUGUGAUUAAAUGGUGUUGGAUUGCGUGACAUAAUUGUG